UCGUAUAAACGAAACCUGUUAAUAUGCCAUAUGAAACAAGUAUUUUCUCCUGACUUCUGACCCCAAUCGCUAAAACCAUUCACGCACCCCCUUCUUGUUCCCUCUCUGGCCCGCUUAGCGCUCCGGCGACACUAUUAGCCACCUUCACUGUCAGAGUCACUGCUUACAUAAAGCCGUCGCUCUCUGCUUUUCUCUCUCGUCGCUAUUUGUUCACUUCCAUAGACCCUUCUUGUGCACUCGCCAUUUCUCCACCUCGCCACACCAGCGUUGCUUUUAACAGUCUCACCGCAAGCCGCUUACUCCGCCAUUUACACGACAGUACUAUCGUCUCUCCUUCUUCGAAAGGAGUGUGAUGAAUGUUGCUGCCUUAUGUUAUAAGGUCCCUCAUUCUCUUACUACUGGAGCUAUGGCUUCUUCCAGUAGACUGCUAAUGGUCUAUCAGUGUCCGGGUGUACAUCAAAGGCCUCAUACAGAAAAGUUACCAAAACAAUCUCUGAGUCUGAGCAUCAUCUGUUGGAAGCAGAGGCAGAAAAGUGAUCGGUCAGUGAAUGAGGAGAGAUUUUCAUCAAAAAAGUCUUAUCGAUCAGUGAAAAAGGAGGUACUUCCACAGAAUGUGGAUCUUCCACCUGUAUUACCCAAAAAAAAGAAAAAACCCUAUCCAAUCCCAAUAACAGAAAUCCAGCGGAUGGCACGGGCCGACAAGAAACUUGCUCAAAUGGGUAUAGAAAAGGCACUUGAACCUCCUAAGAAUGGUAUACUAGUCCCUGAACUGAUUCCUGUUGCACAUGAAGUUCUGAAUGCAUGGGAGGGAUUGAUUAGAGGUCUUGCACAACUCUUGCAUGUAAUUCCAGUCUAUGCUUGUAGUGAGUGCUCUGAGGUUCAUGUUGCUGAGACUGGGCAUCAAAUACGAAACUGCCGGGGCUCAAGCAGCAAUAAGCGUCAAGGGCUCCACUUAUGGGUCAAGGGAUCAAUCAAUGAUGUGAUUAUCCCUACCGAGUCAUACCAUCUCUAUGACCCUUUUGGUCGACGAAUUAAGCAUGAAACUAGGUUCGAUUAUGAUCGGAUCCCUGCCAUUGUUGAACUCUGUAUUCAAGCUGGUGUUGAUAUACCAGGUUACCCAUCACGCCGGAGAACCAAACCUAUUCGAAUGAUUGGGAAGAAAAUUAUUGACCGAGGUGGGUACCUUGAGGAUCCUACACCUAAACCUAGAGAUUCCUCAGCACUCCUAAGCUAUGAUACACACGGUGCUUUGUUGAGGUUUCCACCUCCACCACCCUCAGAUCUGUCUAGGGUUGCUCAAGAAACAAUGAACGCAUAUGAAACUGUUGCAAAGGGUGUGAGAAAGUUGAUGACGAAGUAUUCUGUCAAAGCAUGUGGAUAUUGCCCUGAAGUUCACGUGGGUCCAUGGGGUCAUAAUGCGAAGCUCUGUGGGGAAUUUAAGCACCAGUGGAGGGAUGGGAAGCAUGGUUGGCAAGAUGCAAUUAUUGAUGAAUUAUUCCCGCCAAAUUAUGUCUGGCAUGUUCGAGAUCCUGGAGGACCCCCAAUGAGGACUGAGCUCAAGCGAUUUUAUGGGAAGGCUCCUGCUGUUGUUGAAGUGUGUCAGCAAGCUGGUGCCGUGGUCCCUAAGAGGUAUGAACCCAUGAUGAGGCUUGAUAUUGUGCUUCCUGACAGUGAGGAAGCUCGCUUGGUUGCCUGAUAUGACAGUGGAGGUCUUGUAUAAGUAGGCACUGUAGCAGAGGAGGGCUUGUAAAACUAUCGAUUAUAGUAUGGUGGAUUUGUAAAUAUGUGUAUCAAAUUUAGGACUCAUCCAAUGUUAAAACAAUUAAUUUUUUUAUAAUAUAUGUUAAAUAUUGUAAAUUGUUAAGAGUUGAUAUAUUCCACUAGUAAGUACUUGUAUUU